AUGCCCUUCUUCAGCAGAAGGAGGGACUCGGAUCCGUCCAACCCCCUGGCGGAGCUGCCUCCCGCCGCCGUCACCCGGCUCGCCGAGAUCCUCUGCCGGCCACCCCGCCACGGCGUCGACAAACCGUCACACGAAUGGCUCGCCGGCCAGGCGGAGCAGAUCGCCGCGCUCCCGCCCCGCUUGGGCCUGCGCCGCACCAACGGCUCCUCGCUGGCGGCCUUCCUCAGCAUGGACAGGCACCUCCUCCGGCCGCGGCUGUGCUGCGCCCACUCCGGGCUGGACCCGGCGCUCAUCCACUGGCUCUUCGGCCAGCUCAAGUGGGAGUGCACGACGCACACGGACCGCAUCAGGGGGUACAGCAACCGGUUCCCCCCCGCCGGCGGCGGCGACGGCGAGUGCACCGACGACGUCGCCCGCUUCGUCGACAAGAUCAGCGGCAUCGCAGCCCUCCACCUGUCGCCCGCCGACCUCGACCACCACUACGGCGACCUGCCGGACGACUGCCGCCUCGCCCGCGCGCCGGCCGGGUGCCCGGCCUGCGCCCUCGCCAUCGUCGGCGCGAGGGCAGAGCUGCUCGUCUACCUGCGCGCCAGCAUGCUCGCGCGGUCGAGGCGGGGCCGGCCUCGCCUGCUGGCCCUCGUCGACGCGUGGAUCGCGUGCUUCGGCCGGGACUACGCCGAUGCCAUGGUGGGCGAGAGCGACGCGCUCGCGGGGGAGCUGCGGCGGAUCCGCGGCGUCAUGAGCGAGCGGCGGAAGGAAAAGAAGAAGAAGAAACAGCAGCAGCAGGAGGGGGGGCUUGGACGCGAGGGGGGGAAGAAGCGCACCGGCAAGUCUAGUAGCCAUCGGGGCGGUCGGCCGGCGAACUUGAAGACUACGGCGGAUGGGUCGCCGCUCCCGCAGACGGGCAUUAGGCGGAACAUGAGGGCCGAGAAAUAUGAGGGGGGCCCUGAGGUGCGGUGCUCGAGGGUCGCUGCUGCUUCUAACACUGAGGUGUAUGGGAACGAGGGUUACUACGAGCAGUUCUUCCGUGACGCUGAGCACCCAUUUGAGCCUGAGAAUCCUCUUGACCCGGAGAACCAAUUCGAGCCGGGUGCUGCGUUGGGGGCUCGGCAUUGGCUGGAGCAGCAGCAGCAGCAGCAGAUGCAGGAACCUGCGGUCAAUCCCUUCGAAUUCCUGGAGAAGGAGGAGGAGGAGGAGGAAGAGGAAGAAGAGCAGAAGAGUGAGUCUGUGGCCAACCCCUUCGAUUUCCAGGACUGCACGACCGACGCCUCAAGCGACGAUGACGAAGAUGAUAACCACGAGGAGCCGUACGAGAGACAUGGCUCGCCUUACCAGCGCCACAACGAACCCUACGAGCGCCACGACGCGCCGCGGCCAAUGUUCGAGCCCUUCUACACCCAAUCCGCCGUCCCCGCGCCCCUGAACAUCGCCAAGCGGGGCAACCGGGCCAGCGACACCGCGACUGCCAAAUCCAGCCGCGACAGCCGGAGCUGGGUGACGCUGACGGUGCACUCGACGGACUACGACGAGGGCGGGGGCGGGAACGGCGGCGACGACGCCGGCCGCUCCCGGGCCCGGGGGGGACGCGGCAGCGCGCCUCCCCCCGUGCCGCCGCUGCCGGCCGAAUAUACCGCUCACGCUCGCCACCGGCAGUUGACGCACGAUGGCGGUGGUUCGAGGACGAGCGCCGCCGCCGCCGCCAGCAGCAGCGUCUACUCCCAGACAGACUCCCAGCCGCAGCCCCAGCGCCCCACCGAGCCGUCCCCGCCCAGCACCCCGGGCAUCGGCGCCCGCACCCCGCGGCGGCCCGUCUCGCCCCUGACGCCAUCGACUCUGGUCUCCUCCGCGCGGCGCGGAAGGAGGAGCAACUGGGAACACCCGUCUGCCGAGACGGUGGAUGGUACAUCGUCGUCGUCGGCGUCGACGGCGCAGGCCGGCUACAGAAACCCGUUCGCGGACCUGCUGCGGGACCUGGAGGCCGCGGAUGCGCUUGUGUCGCCGGGGACGCUGGCGGAGCGGUUGCCGGUGGGGUAUUAUGACCGGGACGGGGAUGGGGAUGGGGAUGGGAUUGGGCCGGAGGACUCGGUUAGCUGUGUGCUUGAGAGGAGGCAGAGGAGGGAGAGGGAGCUGGUGGGGAGGGCGGGGUGGAGGGGUUGGUAUCGGGAGGAUUGA